AGACACGGUUUUGCUCCCAUUUCUGGCUGCUUGCUGCAUGGGGUGAUGCCGUGCAAUGUAUAACAGCAGAACUAAUCCAUACAUGAGUGCACGAUGUCCACGCUUCCGUCGAGCGGUGUUCUCGAUGUUCCUCUUCCACCAUGCGACAGUGGCACGAUUGACACCACUUCUCCCAGCUGUCUCGCCACGGCCUUUGGGACGCUGCAGCAGGCCACGAUGAAGAACAACCUCAGUGCGAAUGGCGAAUCAAACAGGGAUAUGAAGGAGAGCCAGCGAGCUCUGGAAUUGAGGAAAUUCUUUGCCCCGCAUCACAAUUCAGCAGAGAACGACUUCAAUGCGACGUUGAAUAAUGAUGGUGCUCUGAAUGCUUACGCUGAGACGGUUGUAUGGCGUCUCAAGGCUGUUCAUGCUAUGGUGAGCCGCUCAGACCGGAUAGGCACUCAGUAUUUCCUCGCGGGAGCCAUUCGAACUAACGUAGCUCAUGAUCCUGAUGAUGUGAUCACGACUAGUGAAUGGUUUGGCUGCUCAACUGUUCCUACUCCCGGCGGUUUAUGUGAGGCAUGUAUUGCAAUUAUUCCUAUUGAUCAUUCCGAGGAUGAAUACCCGUGCUUCGUUGUCAACGAUCUGAGUCGGGAUGAGAGGUUUGCUUCACUUCCAGUCGUAGACGGGACCAUCGUGUCAUAUAGAUUCUACGCUGGAACUCCCAUCACUACAGAUCAUGGCAUCAACAUCGGCUCGUUCUUUUUCUUCGAUGAUAAACCUCGAGACGGCUUGACCAGGGAACAAAAGAGGUUUCUGCACCAGCAAGCUCGGAACGUGAUGAGACAUUUCGAGACGAAGCGAGAAGCCGCUGAACGACGUCGAGUUGCCUUGAUGAGCAAAGGAAUCUCGACAUUCCUUGAGCGCACCUCGCAACAUACGGCAAAUGAAGAUUCGAUUGAUCCGCACGAGGACGGCGCGCACGUUGAUGAGCAGAGUCAAGAUACUCACGGUAUCACACCUGAACUAACUGCUGCUGAGCCAAAUGAUACAAGCGCAAUCGCUAAAGAAACCGUUCUUGACAAAAUUCGGUAUGCGCUUGAUCAGGCUGCUGAAAUUCUUCGGGAUUCUCUGGAAUUGAAUGUUGGUGGUGUCGUCUUCCUCGAUACAGCUGUGGGCUACACGGACACUGGAAACACCGACGCCUACUUGGAUAACACGACAAACAUCGGAUCUCAAGUAGAGAUUGAGAAAAGUGAAGACAAACGACGGCAAGCUUCGAAUGAAAGCAAUUCCGGGCCUGUUCUCAGUGUAGAUGAUUACCACAGUCGGCAAGUUUCUCAGGAGUCGACUCGAAGCCAUGGCGACCAACAUAAAGCUGCGAAAGUUUUAGCGAUGUCUGCUGCUAAAAUCGCACCUUGGGAUUCGGAUGCAAAUGUCCUCGAUGCUAAGACGCUUCAGGCGCUUAUCAACACCUAUCCGAAAGGAAAUGUCUGGUACACGGACGAGGAGGGAUACUUUACAUCUCUCGACCAACUGAACGGUCUGCAAGAAACAACAAGUUCUAGCCCACCAGGAAGACGGAAAUCAGUCCAUUCAGUUGAUCUUGCGCACUCGAGAGCUGAAGCAACUGUCUUGUCGCGAGUCUUUCAAGGAGCUAGACAAAUUGUCUUUCUUCCUUUAUGGGACGCUGGAGGCGAUCGAUGGUAUGCGGGAUGUUUCGUCUGGAGUCGUUCUCCGGUACCAGUUUUCACAGUCGACUCGGAGGUAGCCUAUCUCUCAGCAUUCACGAACUCUGUAAUGGUAGAGAUCAGUCGCUUGGAUGCAAUAACGUCGAACAAGAUGAAAUCGGACUUCAUCAGUAGCAUUUCGCACGAGUUCAGAAGUCCGCUUCACGGCAUACUGGCUUCGGCUGAAUUGCUUCGAGAAUCUAAACUUGACGCAUCCCAGAGAGAAUUUAUCGCUACGAUACAGAACUGCAGCGGUACACUAUUGGAUACUAUCAAUCACGUACUUGAUUACAGCAAGAUCAAUUCUUUUGAGAAGAACCAAAAAGGGACUAUAUCAAACGAGCUUAUUCAAACCACCAAUCUCGCUCUGCUGUGCGAAGAUAUCAUCAGUGGCAUGAUAUCUGCAAGCGAGUUCCACGGCAUAAUAGCAGAUGAUCCUUCUUCGGCAAUUUCGCGAGAAUUUCGGCCUGGGCUCGCAUCGCAAGAUCAACCAAGUCGUCGAGCAACUUUGGAUAUUAUACUUGAUAUUGAGCAGAGAGAUUGGUAUUACAAUAUCCAAGCAGGAGCUUUAAGACGGGUGGUGAUGAACAUCUUCGGCAAUGCUCAGAAGUAUACAGAAACAGGUUAUAUCAUGGUUCAGAUGCAAAUUCAAGAAGAAGCUCGGUCUCAUCCCAAUGCGUCUACUGGAAACGUGCUUAAUUUAAGGAUCAGGGAUUCUGGACGGGGUAUGUCCACAGAGUAUAUGGAACGGAAACUGUAUCACCCGUUCGCCCAAGAAGAUAGCUUUGCUCCUGGUGUUGGCCUUGGAUUGUCAAUCGUAUGGAGUAUUGUCAAUCAACUUGGUGGUCAGAUUAACAUCCGGAGUCAGAUUGGGAAAGGAACAGAUGUCGAGAUCUCUAUACCAGUUGAGAAGGUCGCGGAACCAGAUUUCCAAAAGAUCGAGGCAGACAAUACGAAGAAUAUGCUACUGGAAGCUCAGACUUGUAUCACGAAGCUUCAAGCUCGAGCGGCUGCAACAUCUGUCUGCUUCUCGCGUACACAAGCCAACAACUCCCGGACCAAGGAUAUCAACUGGACAUGCAUAGAACGAUACUGCUCGGAAUGGUUUGGAUUCGCGAUUAGCAAGGAUCCAGUUGAUAUGAUCAUAACCGACCACCAUAACGAGAGUGGUUACGAAGCCGGACAACGAGUACUGGUCGUCCACGACGAUAUGUUAUGUCCAGGCAAACAUGUUGGAGAAUACCAAGGAUACGCCGUAGGACAUAUCUCCCCACCAGUUGGACCUUUUAGACUCGCUCGAUGUCUCCUAGCUUUGAUGGAGCAGGACAUCUCACCACCGCCCAGCGAAGCUAGCUUCAAUUUACACCUAGCCGACAGAGCUACACAGACCCCGCUUGGAUCACCUGAAGAGCGGACGAUUAUGGACGGGAUCAUAUUGACAGAUUACGGAUUCACGCCCCAAACUACAUUUUCCAACACCCCUGUAUCGAUAGACGAAGAGAAAGUGGAUGAGAAGAACGAACCUAUUAUCACCCAGCACCCAGAAACCGAUUCAUUACCAGCAAGCAUCUCACAAUUAACCCUCUCCCCUGCCACCACAAAAUCAGCAAUCCCUUUCUCACCCCACACAAACUCACCCAUUAUCCCCUCGACCCUAUUCGGCAUCCUCACCCUCCCCACCCCCAAGAAAUCGCCCCCGACUCCAACAUCAAAAUCCCUCAACAUUCUCGCCGUAGACGACAACGCGCUCAACCUCCAACUACUGCACCGCUACCUACUGAAGCGUAAAUCAGACACCAUAGUCACAGCCCGCGAUGGCGUCGAGGCCGUUGCUGCGGUGAAGGAUGCCAAGGAGAAGGGGGUCCGGUUUGAUGUUGUGUUUAUGGAUAUUUCGAUGCCGAAUAUGAAUGGGUUUGAGGCUACGAGGGCGAUUAGGGGUUUGGAACGUCGGCGAGGAAAUGGUAGCGAGGGAGGAAGUGAGAUUGGGGAAGAUGAAAGUGGCGAGAAUGGUGCUGUGGGAAAUGGGGAUAGGGCGCUUAUUGUGGCGUUGACAGGAUUGGCGAGUAAGAGGGAUAGAAGCGAGGCGGAGGAGAGUGGGUUUGAUGAUUUUCUUACGAAACCGAUUAGUUUUGGGAGGAUUGGGGAGUUGUUGAGGGGGUUGAGUGAGGGGAAGUGAGGUGUUGCAUAGAUUGCGGUUGGGAUAAGAAGGUUGGAAAGGUUGGAAUACAUAAUACUUAGUUACCCAAAAAUAUACGGAAAAUUAUCUUAUCG